AUGCACAACCACGCCCUCCUCGCAGUCUUUGCCGGCAUUUCCAGCCUAGCCCUAGCCCCGACCGCCGCCGCCGCCGCCGCCGCACCGCGAACGACCCACGGUGCCGCAGUCCGUGCGGUCGACAACCACGACCACGACCACAACCACGGGCGGAACAGUCUAGCCGCGCGCGCAAAAGACCUCCCCGAGCCAGAGGAGUUCGAGAUGGCCGACCUGCGCGGGAUAGACUGGUUCCCCGACGUGGCCGACGCGUCCGGGUCCGAGGAUAACAAUCAGGCGGCCUGGGACGUAUGCAUCGUGUGCGUGCAGCUGACGGGCGCCCUGAUGAAAGAAGGCCGCCACAGGAACGGCAAGACAGCCGUAGAGUUCUGCACAUCCCUCGAGCUAUGCGAUGCGGACCAAGCCGCGCGCUACGCAAGCACCUACGAAGACAGAUUCCCUUCGGACCAGCAGUGGGGGGACCGCAAGGACGGUGAGAACCUCCGGGACAGCGCCGAUGGCCGGAAGAUCAUGCUGCGGCCGUUUUCGGUGUUCAGGACGGGGGACUUGUUCUUGAAGUACUCGUCACGUUUCUUCAAGGGGGCUGAUUUCUAG